CCUCCAAAUAACAGGGAAGGAUUUCCGGUAGGUACAAUCCUUAUCGCUCUGGAAUAUGAGCACAAGCGUCGCCUCCUUGCCGAGGUCAUUAGUCUGAAAGGUCAGGUUUCUGACGAAGGCCGGGGCGCAUGUCGGUGCUUCUUAUAUGCUUCGGGUCAGGGAGGCUGUAUCUGCUUUCUUGGUUCGUGAUAUAGUGCCUUUCCCAUGUCUGUGUUUGCCGCAGAAGACCUGCUAUAUGCAUCAAGCCACCCCUUGCUUCCUUGCUUGCUCAAUGGUCACUUUCUUCUUAAUAAGCCUUCCCUGCACAUUCGUACCUGCCGCUGGGGACCUGAUGCAUUAUACCAUCCCCUUACCUUGGGUUUACCUUGGUUGGCUAUAUAUCCAGCGCUCCCUUGGCUUUUCUUCGUGCCUUCAUAUGCGCCGUUGUGGACUCCGUCUCGCCUUCAGUGUCCGAGCGCUGCCAGCCUGGAAGACAGUGCCUGCUUCCUUGACUUGGUAUAUAGCCACCCUUCGUCGGAAGCUCGUAGCUGCCGUUGAUACUGCAUUCAGGUGCACAACGCUCCUCCUGGGCGUCAUAUCCUUGGCAAUCUUGCCUUCCUCACCGUUCCUGUUCCUCAAUCCUUUUCGGAUUUCACCCUGCUGCCAGGUCGUUCAACAGUGAUGUUGCUAUCAACUUGAAGACCUGAUUGCUACUAUGAAUGAGGUGACAGAAAAAGAGAGUUGAACGAUCUACGUUGCAAAUCUGCUACCAACGGUAACCAACCAUAGUCACAGUGGGCGUUUGUA